UCUCGGGUCCGGCCAACAACGCUUCCAGGGCCAGGCCCAUCUUCUCCGCUAGAAACCACACGCACCGGAGCCAGAGCCGCCGCUCCGCUCCCAGGUCCCAGCGUCCUCUCCUCGACCCCAGCGUGCCCGACCGCCGUUGUCGAGUCCGAGCAAUGGAGUCGAGGAGGCCGCCUCCUUCCUCCCUCGUCAAUAAUUACGUGGUGCCCGGCGACGUCGUCCUGGACCUCUCGGAGAUGACCAACCAGACCAUAAAGCUUGGUGCCGGUCUGCGCCAGGAGCGCGACACCAUCCAGGUUACCAGUGCCGGGAAGCUGCGGCUGUCAAAGCCCAACAAGUAUUGGGUUGAGAGCUCCCAGAAGAGGUAUAUACCUUCUGUUGAAGAUACAGUUCUUGGUAUCGUGUCCGACACCAAACCGGAUAACUUUUUAGUGGACAUAAAGGGGCCUAAUUUGGCUUUUCUACCAGUUCUUGCAUUUGAAGGUGGUACCAGGAGAAACAUACCAAAGUUCGAGAUUGGUACGCUAAUAUAUGCCCGAGUGGUGAAAGCAAAUAGCAUCAUGAAUCCAGAGCUCUCGUGCAUGGAUGCUAUGGGGAAAGCUGCUGAAUUUGGUCAAUUGAAAGAUGGCUAUAUGUUCGACACAUCAACUGGCAUGUCACGGAUGUUGUUAAGUUCUCCAACAUGUCCAGUUUUGGAGGCCCUUGGGAAAAAACUAUCAUUUGAGAUUGCUGUUGGACUGAACGGUCGAGUCUGGGUGAAUGCUCCUUCACCAAGUAAUGUCAUUCUUGUAUCAAAUGCAAUUAUAAAGUCAGAAUCUUUGAGUGGCAUAAAACAAAGAGCUAUGGUGGAAAAUCUCUUAGAGAGAUUGCCAUGAUGGACAUACUCUGGCAGUAUGAAUGGAUUGUGGAGGAUUGCUUGGUUACAGACCACAGAUGAUUCUGCAAACAGAAGAACAGAAAUCGCUAUCAUCGCGACAGAGGACACUAGAUGGAUCAUGGAUGGUACACAUAAAAUAGAUAUCUGUAAGAGGCUGGUGCCUUUUGAUAUUUUAGACUGAACUGGUAGAUUAGCAAGUUUGAAGCUGAGUAUUUUGUAGUCAACACUGCAUGAUUUAUUGGCUAUUUAAGAAGAUGCUGUAAAUUGGAUAUUUCCAAAAGAUUGCUUGCUGAUAUUUUGAAUAUGCUUGAAGGUCAUAUUCAUAGCAUUCAGAAAUUAUUAAACUAUAUAAACUAAAUCAUCCGGACCACCGCGUCAAUGCAGCUGA